GGUACCCGGAUAUGAUUGCUGCGUCCGCAACCCCGCUCUGAGGGAGUGUGAGGGGCUCGGCGCGUGGGCCUGGGGCUGUGAGCCCGGCGGACGGGUGACCGGGUAUUAGGUUCAGUGUCUCGCGCGUGGGGCUGACGUGUGAGCUCAUCCCUGUGGGUUUUGAGCGAGGGAUAAGUCAGUGUGGUUGUCUGUCGUGGGAAGAACUCCGCGGCAGGGUGCCGGCGCCGGCGUGUGUGGAAGCCCCACCGAUGGUACCUCAGAGGGCGAGUAGCAGAGCCGUGAGGACGCAGCUCGGACAGUGACAGUAUGAACCUCUUACCCAAGAGCUCCAGGGAGUUCGGCUCCGUUGACUACUGGGAGAGGUUCUUCCAGCAGCGGGGAAAGAGAGCUUUCGAGUGGUAUGGGAGCUACCUGGAGCUGUGCGGGGUGCUGCACAAGUACAUCAAACCCAGGGAGAAGCCCAGAAGAAACGGAAAAAGGACAGGAAGAAACAGCGGCCUGCUGACACUCCAGAGGACCUCCCUGCAGCCCCAGGGCAGUCCAUUGACAAGAGUUACCUGUGCUGUGAACACCACAAAGCAAUGAUUGCCGGCCUUGCCCUGCUGAGAAACCCGGAGCUGCUCCUUGGUGAGGGAGACGCCACUGCCUUCCACAGGAGGGGGCGUGUUAAGAUUACAGCUGUCUUGUGGUUUGAGCACAGCGAUUACAGACCGACACAUGCACAUAUCUUCAUAGUUUUCUUCUUCCCAAUCUUCUUCUAAGUUAAUAAAC